UCGUACGGAUCCCUCAACACACAAACGCACGUCGCGUCGCACACAACACGUUCGACGCGCCGACCCGGUCCGCACUGGAUCCACGUGAGCGACGACACGAAAGCCGUUAUUAUUAUUAUUUUUUUUUUUGACAAUAUUUCGGACGUAUGUUAUUGUUGAAAUUAUUUCGAUUGUCGGUUGAAACGAUCGAUUCGAUUCUCACGUUCCCACAGGAUAAUCCGUGCGAAGCUGUGCACUUGUGACUUCGGACCAGCGAACGGGUGGGCGAUCGUCGAGGGAUCUUCGCGCUGAUUCGCAGCCGUCGGAUCUGCACCGCGGUCGCACGCGAUCGGUUCGGCCCCGCUCCGAACGGCUGUCCCGUCGGCUACCGACACGUGUGCUGACCGCGCGGCACAUGCAUCGGAAACACGACAUACAGUGAGUACUAAUUGGCACACGUAAUACGAGUACAGAGUGCGAGCAUCGAAAAAGUCAUUCUAUACAACAACGUACAGUUAUUGUACGACAUUACCGGGAGAGUACGUCGCGCGCCAACUCGUAACACGUGCCUACCCGUUGCCGCGACUCCCGUCUGCACCGUCUUCCACCGGUGUGCGAUACGUGCGUCUUCCGCGCAGUUAUCUCGCGGCCACGCAUUCAACGCCACGUCCGUCGUCCGACUCGCACCGCCGGUGCACCACAUGAACGCCGCGCCGUUAACCACCGCGGCGGCUGCGGCCGUCCGGGAACUGCGGCGCACGUACGGCUCGGCCGCGACGGCCGCGCACCGUGGCCGGCGUCGCGCACCGCAGACGGCCGACUGGAACCGCGUGGUGUCCGAGGCUGAGAAGGUGGUCGGGUACCCGUCGUCGUUCCUGAGCCUCAGGUGGCUGCUCAGCGACGAGAUCGCCAACGUCGCGCUGCAUCUGCGCAAGCUGGGCACAUCCAACCAUCCACUGCUGAAGGUCGCUAAGGGCCUGCUGCAAAACAGCCGAGACAACAUGCAGGCUUGGGGCCUAGUGGUGUUGCUUUUGUCCAAAGCGGCCGGCCACCUGAACGUGGACAGCUCUGCAGACGAAGACGAGUGCGGUGUGUUACGCAGCCAAAGGGCCCUGGCCGAGAUCGCCGAGAUGAUCCGCACCAGUCAUCGGAUGCACAACAGUUUGAUAAAUAUCAGGCCAGGACUGUUCUCGGAACCGGUGGUCCAUAACAGCAUGAGCUUCGGCAACAAGGUCGCGCUACUCAGUGGUGACUAUCUACUGGCUAACUCGUACAACGAACUGUCCGCGCUCAAAAACCCAAACCUGAUGGAGCUGAUCAGCAGCGCGCUCCGCGACCUGUCCGAAGCUGAAUUCCUGGGUCGUAGGGACGCGCAAAACAAUCCAUUGCCGUCGCCGUUCGAACCACUCGACCGUUGUCCACUCGGCUCCACCCGGCUGCACUUCAACCCGCUUCUGCAGCCACCCGGCCCGCUGGGCAACAUGCCGCUGACGCCGGCCCUGCGUGACUGGACCCGGUGCAAUGUGCUGUCGGCCGGUAGCCUAUUGGGCAAGACGUGCCAGGGCGCGCUCCUUCUAGCCGGCCACGGCGAACAUCUGCAGAAACAAGGGUUCUUGUUCGGUAAACACUUGUCGCUGGCCUGGCAGGCGUAUUUAGAUUUGGAACCGUUUUUGACCAGUUCGCCGUAUUCGCUGGGAAUCUCUUUUAAUUUGACUUCAGCGCCUGUUAUGUUUCAUCUCGAACACGACCCGGCGUUAUUUGAAGAAAUCGACAAAGGAGUGAAUACUGUUCAAGACAUCGACUACGUCAAAGUGCACGAUAUCGUGAUGAAAGGGCCCGGGAUCGAUUGCACGAAACAACUGCAAAAAGAGCAUUCGCGGAAAGCUAUGGAAGUGUUGGACGAGUUCGAGGAAAGUGACGCCAGGACAGCCUUAUCCAACAUCAUCGUCGCUAUGGACCGCGAAUAAGAACACGUAGGCAAAUCGAUGUCUAUCUCAAUACGUUUUGGGUUCUAAGCAGAGACAAGGAAGAAAUUGGGUAUUUUUAUUAUUUUUAUGAUUAUUAUCAUCAUCACAUUGCAUAGAAAACAGUCAACUAUCAAGGUCCGAACAAAAUGCAUGAAUGCAUAAAAACUGCAAGUACGAUGUGGUGCACUGAACAACGCGGAUCUAUGGAAUUCAUGUAUAAAAUUAUAUAAUAUUAUAUGCAGAACAAUUGGAUAUUAUUAUGUAGGCAUACAACUCGUUACAUAGUCCUUGCAGGGUCACGACUUAAAAUAUAUUCAUUCCGGGACGUUUUUAUGUAGGAGGUGUGGAUGUUAAAGUUGUUGUAACACGUCCACUCGUGUUAUAUGUUGGUGUGAAGAUUAUUUUUUUAUUUACUCUAUUAUCGAUAAGUUUAAACCGUAUACGCGGCACUUGUACAAAUAAAAAAUACACAUAUAUAUGGUGUGCAUGAUAAAACGUAUAAAUACAUUUUCGUUAUUAAUAUUAA